AUGGAUGUGGAGCUUUCUCUGGCCGCUCCACUCAUCGGCCUAGUGUUUGUCUUCAGAUGUGCCAGUACAACCCUGACCUCAAACUACAGCUGCUCCCUACAGGGUCGCGUUGACAUGCCAGGAUUUCUAGCUGAUGGAGACUUCACCAUCGGGGGGAUUUUUCCUCUGCACUACAGGGUGGAACUGCCUGUGGAAAAUUACACUGAUAGGCCAGCUGCCGCACAAUGUCUGGGAUUUGACCCCAGGUCUUUCCGAUGGGCCCAGGCACUGAGAUUUGCAAUACAGGAGAUCAACCAAAGUAAAAACCUGCUACCUAACAUUACUCUGGGCUACAAGAUUUACGACUCUUGCUCAACUCCUCUGUUAGCUCAACAGGCAGUCUUGGCAGUGCUGAAUGGACCAGAGCUAUCUCAGCAUGGAAUGUGUUCUGAUGCAUCUCCAGUUUUGGCUGUGGUUGCAGAAUCUGGGUCGUCCCAGUCCAUUGUCGUCUCUAGGACUCUGCAGCCCUUCAGAAUUCCAGUGAUCAGUUAUUUUUCAACGUGUUCAUGCCUCAGUAACAGAAGAGAAUUUCCUACAUUUUUCAGAGUUCUUCCCAAUGAUGAUUAUCAGGUGAAAGCCAUCGCUCAGCUUCUGAAGCAUUUUGGUUGGACAUGGAUUGGUGUGAUAACUGAGGAUCACGAUUAUGGCAAGUCUGCUGUUCAGGGUCUCAGAAUAGCUAUCAAAGAUACCGGGGCAUGUAUAGCCUACCAUGAAAUGAUACCCAAAGUCUACAAUGAAGAAAAAGUAAGGAGAAUCAUAGACGUGAUGAAACACUCCACUGCCAAAGUAGUUGUCAUCUUCACUGUUGAGGGGGAGCUUUACCCCUUCCUGAAGGAGUACAUGAAUUAUAACAUCACUGGAAUUCAGCUAAUAGCUAGUGAAGCCUGGGUUACGGCCUCUGUCUUAGCAACCAGUUAUCCAUUCCUCGUUGGAACCAUUGGCUUUGCCAUCCGUCAAGGAAAAGUUCCUGGUCUCAAAGACUACCUCCUCACUGUAAACCCAUUAAUGUACCCCAGUCACCCUCUGGUCCAGGAGUUGUGGGAAGCUUUGUAUGGUUGCUCUGUAAAUCCCCCCAAAACCACAAGCCAAAACUCGAUCCAGUUGCCCACCUGCACAGGAGAGGAGCCUAUCCGGGAGCAGCAUUCUAGCUACCUGAACACCUCCAGUCUUCGUGUGACCUACAAUGUGUAUAAAGCUGUGUAUGCCAUCGCUCACUCCCUGCACAACCUCUUCAAGUGUGAGCCGGGGAAGGGGCCUUUCCAAAACUCCUCAUGUGCCAAUAACACAAAUAUAUACCCAUGGCAGCUUCAGCAGUAUCUUCAAGAGGUCUCUUUCACCAUUUCUGGAGAAACGGUGAACUUUGAUGAGAAAGGGGAUGCAAUUCCAUCAUAUGAUCUCAUCAACUGGCAGCGAGGUGUAGCUGGGAAUAUUGAGUUUGUCAGAGUGGGAAUGUUUGAUGGCUCAAAGGAUGCUGGGAAGGAACUCUUCAUCCAGGACGAGGCAAUCAUGUGGACAGGCCACCAGAGAGAGGUGCUGGUGUCUGUGUGCAGUGACAGCUGUAUUCCAGGAUCCAGGAAGGCUUUCCGUCGUGGGGAGCCUUUCUGCUGCUUUGACUGUGUACCAUGUGACAGCAACAAAAUUAGUAAUGAGACAGAUUCAGUAGAUUGCACACCAUGUCCUGAGGAUUACUGGUCCAACACAGCCAGAACAGAAUGCAUACUCAAAGCAGUCGAGUUCCUCACCCACGAUGCAAUGGGGCUGACCCUCACAGUCAUUUCUGUAGUGGGGGCUUGCCUCACCGCCGCCAUCCUGCUGGUGUUCAUCCGCCACAGGAACACUCCAAUCGUUCGGGUCAAUAACUCCGAGCUGAGCUUCUUCAUCCUCCUCUCUCUCAUUCUCUGCUUCCUGUGUGCACUUCUGUUCAUCGGAGAGCCUACAGUGUGGUCCUGCAUGCUGCGCCACACUGCCUUCAGCAUCACCUUCUCCCUUUGCAUCUCCUGCAUCCUGGGCAAGACUCUAGUGGUGCUCGCAGCUUUUACAGCCACCAGGCCUGGCAACAACAUCAUGAAGUGGCUCGGACCCAAACAGCAGAGGGUCAUCAUCUUCGCUUGCACUUUAGUGCAGGUCCUCAUCUGUUCCGUGUGGCUCAUUGCUGCGCCUCCCUUCCCCUUCAAGAACACUCAGUACAGCAGAUCCAAGAUCAUCCUGGAGUGCAGCGUGGGUUCCGACUGGGCUUUCUGGUCGGUCCUGGGCUACAUUGGGCUUCUGGCCUGUCUCUGCUUUGUGUUGGCCUUCUUGGCUCGAAAGCUGCCGGGCAAUUUUAAUGAGGCAAAGUACAUCACAUUCAGCAUGCUGAUCUUCUGCGCUGUGUGGCUCGCCUUUAUUCCUGCCUACGUGAGCUCACCUGGAAAAUUCACAGUGGCUGUGGAGAUCUUUGCUAUUCUCGCAUCUAGUUUUGGGAUUUUAUUAUGUUUGUUUGCUCCUAAAUGCUGUAUAAUUUUACUGAAACCAAAGAAAAACACCAAACAGCAUCUCUUGGGAAAGGUAAUUGCCAAGUAA